GGGGCGGAGUGGGGACCCGCGGCAUCGGCAUCCCGGGGAGCUGCCGGCACAGGCAUCCCGGGGCGCGGCGAGGACAUUAAGAUCGGUAACACAGGGACCGGGGCACCUACAACCCGAGUACCCGGGCUACCAGAACCCCCGGGCAUUGCAGGGGUCAGCACCCUGGGGUGCGUCGGGGACCUGGGGCAGCGGCAUCCCGUGGUGAGAGGGCAACCGGAGCAGCGGCAUGCAGAGAUGAGCGGGGAGGCGAGGCACCGGCAUCCCGGGGUAAGCGGGGAGCUGCCGUGCCAGCAUCCACACCCCGGGAUGCUGCUGGGUGCCGGGACACAGGGACUCUCCUCCCCGUCCCUCUGCGGGCGGGUGUAGGGGAGUCCCUCGCCCCCAGCCUGCCUCCCCCGGGGACUGCAUUCCCCUCCCCGGGGAACGGAGCACGGAGAUCCCUCUGGAGAGCUGUGCAGGCGCAGCGUGAGACCUGGGAGUGGAGGCUGGCACAGCGCUGGGCUGUUGGUAGUCACCCUCUCCUGCUCCCGAGGCAUCUCCAUCUCCAGCCCUGAGCGUUUCGGUGGCCUCUCAGCGUACAGCAGCAGCUUGUGCUCUGCCUGCAGGGAGCAGCCAGUAGUGGGAAUCCCCCUUCCAUUCUCCCUACUGCCUGCCUGGCAAACCCCCGCGCCGCCCAAGGCAGGGCUUGGUCCUGAGCGUCUUCAAGCCGAUGAGCACAGAGACGUUCAGCAAUGGGGCUCUGCAGGGGCAAUUUUGGAUGACCAAAAAGCAGAUGUGUACCUAAUCCUGUCUCAGCAUAUGGGGACACCACCCUGCAAGAGCUGGGACACCACCUAGCUCCGCUGGCCCCCUCAAGUACUCAGCAGGGGACCCCCAGUCCUACACCAGUCCCAUGGAUAUCCUGCACAGGAUCUCCUCAGUGGUUUGCAGCCACCACCCCUGCACACCUGGGACAUACACGGUCACAGGCCCCGGGUGACAGGGCAUUUAGGCUACAGGCAAAGGAUAAGAGGUUCCUCCUCCUCCUCUACGGAUUUCUAAUGGCUCCUUUGAGACAAGCCACACGACUCCCUGCUGAGAAGCCUCGCUGAAGCUGUGGAACCUGCUCCUGCUCUGCUGAUCAUGGUCAACAAGACCUUAAACUACUGGGGUCCCAGUUUUGAGGAGGACGUUAUCAACAUCAACGUGGGGGGUCUGCGGAGGCGGCUCAGCUCCAGCGCCCUCUCCAAGUUCCCUGACACACGCCUGGGCCGGCUGCUGUCCUGCGACUCAGAGGAGUCCAUCCUACAGCUCUGCGAUGACUACGACGUGAGCGCCAGGGAGUUCUACUUUGACAGGAACCCCGGCUUCUUCCUCUACGUCCUCCACUUCUACCAGACGGGCAAGCUGCAUGUCAUGGAGGAGCUGUGCGUCUUCUCCUUCUGCCAGGAGAUCGAGUACUGGGGCAUCAACGAGUUCUUCCUGGACUCCUGCUGCAGCUACCGCUACCACGAGCGCAAGCUGGAGAGCCGGCACCACAACUGGGAUGAGGAGAGUGAGGUGAGCAGCGUGGACACGUCCCCUGAUGAGAUCUCUGACAUCAACCACGAGCUGCUGCGCUAUAGCACCCUGCGCUGCGGCAAUGUGCGCAAGCGCCUCUGGCUCACCAUGGAGAACCCCGGCUACUCCAUCCCCAGCAAACUCUUCAGCUUCGUGUCCAUCAGCGUGGUGCUGGUGUCCAUAGCCACCAUGUGCAUCCACAGCAUGCCCGAGUACCAGGAGGUGGAUGAGAAUGGCAACGUGCUCGAUGAACCCAUCCUGCACAAGCUGGAAUAUUUCUGCAUCUCCUGGUUCACCUUCGAAGUGAGCGCCCGCCUCUUGCUCUCACCCAACCCCAGGAAGUUCUUCAAGCACCCUCUGAACCUGAUUGACAUUGUCUCAGUGCUGCCCUUCUACUUCACCCUCCUGGUGGACGUGACCAUGGGCAGUGACUCGGAGCUGGGCAACCUGGGCAAGGUGGUGCAGGUGUUUCGGCUCAUGAGGAUAUUCCGGGUGCUGAAGCUGGCUCGGCACUCCACAGGACUGAGGUCAUUGGGGGCCACCUUGAGGCACAGCUACCGGGAGGUGGGCAUCCUGCUGCUCUACCUGGCUGUGGGGGUCUCUGUCUUCUCUGGAGUGGCCUACACUGCUGAGAAGGAGGAAGACGUCGGCUUUGACACCAUCCCAGCAUGCUGGUGGUGGGGCACAGUCAGCAUGACCACCGUGGGCUACGGCGACGUGGUGCCCGUCACCGUGGCAGGGAAGCUGGCGGCCUCAGGCUGCAUCCUGGGGGGCAUCCUGGUGGUGGCACUGCCCAUCACCAUCAUCUUCAACAAGUUCUCUCACUUCUACCGCAAGCAGAAGGCGCUGGAGGCGGCCGUGAGGAACAGCGGCAAGAAGGACCCUGAGGAGGUGGGGAGUGUCUCAGAGGCUCUGAGCGAGACCUCCCUGGGCAGGGCCAGCCCUGAGUGCCCUGGGCUGGCCUCUGAUGGGCACCCCAGCCCCUGAGCCCUGGCACUGCAGCCCUGGGCACGUGGGACCUGGCAUGUGGUGACACGGCAGAGGAGCUAUGGCUGGCAUUGCCCCUGCCCAUGAAGGACACCAGGGGUUGGAGCAGAUUGCCCAGAGGGUGUUGGAUGCUUCCAGACCCUGUGCCUGCCUGGAUGUGUCUCAGCAUUCACCAUGCUCACCCAUGGCUGCAAAGGGAGGUUGUGGUACUCGAUAUACCCCUGCCAUAAAGGGAGGCAGAAAAUAAGAAAUACAAAUGACUCCUGAUCAGGCACUGCCCCAGAGGCAUGGAGAGGGACUUUCCUCUGCCCUAAGGUUUUGUCUUGUCCAGGGUGAGGUUAAAUAGCUCAAGGAUGAGGCAGCCCUCAACCAGGCUGUUAUAGAUCCUGUGCCAUGUCGACAGCUCCAGCCCCAGCCUUGUCCUACCCCAGUUGAAAACAGCCUGAAAAGGCUCAACUGCCCCUCCAGCCAUAAAGGAAAGGGGCCUGGGAAUGAGUCUGUAUGGGAAGAGAGGUAGUGUCCAGCUCAGGUUGAGCCCCAUGGUCCCCAGCCCCUGCAGUGGGAUCGACUGAACCUCACCUUUCCAUUGCAGCCAGGAUUUAUCUGCUCUCCUGCACUGUCACUGCCAGGACACCCCUGGGGCUGUGCUGGGAGCGUGGCACAACUUGGAGCACUGGCCACACAAGGGGGAAGGACACCAGCUGGGGAUGACCAGGCAGAAGAAACACUGUCCUCUGAAGCAGAAGCAGUCAAAGGGGUCAAGCUGGGGGAACUGAGGAGCCAGUCCCAGUGGGGUUGUCCCUCAAGCCCUGGUCUCCCUCACCACAGCCCCUAGCUUUGCUUAAUUCUGCCUCUUCCCUCCCUGUCUCAGGGCCAGGCAGGGUUAGGAGGGCUGUAAUCAGGGGGUCACACUGCCCCGGGUAUCCUCACAGGAAACACCUUCCCUCUGCAGGGAGAGAGCUGGGGCAGAGGGGACCUUGCACCACUUUUGUCACUGCAGGCUCUGAGCACCUCACAGCCAGGGAGCUCAACCUGGAAUACCAAACCUCUUCCUGUCUGGACCCCCAGCUCACCUGAGCACUUUGGGGGCUGUACCCAGCACAGCAUUAAUUCCCUACAGAGCUUUGCCUUGCCCUCCCACCCCAUUCUCUGUUUGGAAAUUGUGCAGCUCCGUUGCACACAAAGGAGCACACCCAGCAAUGCCUGUUUUGAGCAGGAGAAACGUGCAUCCUGCAAUCCCAAACCACCUCAAACACACUUUGAAGGCUGCAGGAUGACCCCAGGUACCUGGAUCAUGAGUUUGCUGCUGGUUCUCCUGGCUGGGUUUCAGCACAGCUGUAGUUGCAGUGCCUGUUCUGCCCAUAGCAAUCUGCUGGUCACAGACAAGGAAAGCCAAACCAACACUGGUGCAGGUCCAGCCUUUCCAAACUCAGUGGGACUCAGGUAGGGUCCCCAAGGAAUGGUGGUGAUGUGGGAUGGGGGAUGCUCAUACUUCCAGCAUCAUCAAGUCUUCCAGUACUGAUGGUUCAUGAUCUGCUCUGCUUAUUCCUGCUGGGAGCUGGGACUGAAGAGCAGCACCCUCUGCUCCAGCCAGCUCCUGAUGCACUGUUACUUGAAUACAGGAAGGAGUUUCCCCUUCUCAACAUAAAUAUUCCAGUAGCAAAAUGUAUUCAAAUGUGAAGAGCAAAUUACAUCUAUUAAUGAAAAAAGCAUUAUGCAAAUAAUUAGGAGCAUGUAAAUGAAUUUUCUAUCUAUGCAUGGGAUGCAUACUGUAUAUUUUAUUAAAGACCUCAGUGAUCUGCUGUGG